GAACGGUGAGGCUGGCGGCGGCCGUGCUCCAUGGCUUGUUGCACGAAUCACACAUGUGCGUUUGAUUUGAAUAAUGGUCAUUGCGGCAGGGCAGCGAACUGUAACUAUUACUUCCGUAUCUCUUUCUCGACACUAACCACUCUGAACUUCCGCGUUAAAAAAGCGACCCCAACCCCCAAGGGCUGAAUAUUCGCCAUCGAAAUGCGCGCGAUCCCGGAGGAAUUAACGAGUCUGCUAGCAGACUUGGAGACCUUCCUGACAGACGGACUGAAAGGAGAGAAUCUAAGCAAGAAGAACAAGGAGAAGAGGGAGUUCUUUAUUAAACGCAUCAAAGAUGUAAAAACCAGUUACUCUGCGGAAUUUAAGGACAGACGUGACGUGGAGGACUCUGACGAUGGCGAUGAGUUUGACAGCAGUCCUGAUGGAGGCUCACUGCAGUCGGAGAGGGCCGAUCGGGAUGAGGAGGCAGCGUAUGAUGGUGGCCAGCAUGCUCCACCUACAGCUGCACAGGAGCUCACGUCCGUCUUCAAGGCAGGUUAUCUGGAGAAACGCCGCAAAGAUCACAGUUUCUUCGGAGCAGAGUGGCAGAAGCGCUGGUGUGCUCUAAGCAGUCUCACCUUCUAUUACUACGGCAGUGACAAAGAUAAACAACAGAAGGGAGACUUCAACAUCGAGGGCUACAGUGUCAAACUCAACAACACACUCCGCAAAGACUCUAAGAAGGACUGCUGCUUCGAGAUCUCUGCCCCAGACAAGAGAGUCUAUCAGUUCUGUGCAGGGACUCAGAAGGAGGCUGAGGACUGGGUGGAGAGGAUCACAUUUGUUCUGAGAGAUAUGGAGUGUGGUAUAAUUCCGGAGGAACAGGAGAUGUAUGACGAUGUUGGUGUUCUGGAAGGUCGACACACACACACACUGGCAACCCCUGCCCCCAUCGACGAAGAAAUUUAUGAGGAACUUCCAGAGGAUGAGAUGCCUGCUCCACCCAAACCUGUUGAGGUGAAGAAACUCCCCCCUGCUGCUCCACCACCAGUGACCGCUACACACGCAGUACUGAAUAAGGCUACUGAUUAUCCAAACUACUACCAGGGCAAGUGGGAUUGUACAGGUGACCACCCUGAUGAGCUGUCAUUCAGGAGGGGAGACGCCAUCUACAUACUCAGCAAGGUACAGACACGCGCACAAACACACACACGUAGUCCCGAAGUGUGA